CAAAGGCAUUUGCCCUGUUUUGUUUUCGGAAAGCGAGUAUACUUUCGCUUCAAGCGGCACACCGAACAUGCGAAUUCGAUCGGUCCCGCUCUUCGUUCUAGGAUUCAGCGUCUUAUUUCAGCUGUUGGAUGGUGUGGCCGGAGAGCAAUGCCAGAAGAAGAUCUGGAGACGACUUGGGCUCACGGGGUUCCUGAGUGGGUGCCGGUACUGGUGCAGAGGGUUCUUGCCCAGGAUCGGUUAUGAAAAAGAUGGGACACCCUGUACCAGGUUUUUCCGAAGCGGUGUCUGCCGAAACGGCAGCUGCAUCACGGAUGUCCCACCCGAUCCGAGUCUGCAAACAACCAGCGGCACGCCUGGCGGGCAAAACAGCCGGGGUGUCGCCCAGUCGACCGGCGGUGACCGAAGCACCGUAGCUACUAGGGUGGCUACCGUAGCCGCAACGAACUCCACUGGAUGGGUACAAGCCAAUAAUGGAACCGAAAGCAGCGCUGCAUUAAUGGCGUUGGCGAAAUGAAUGAGGAAGACCACGUGACAACGCCGUGGCGAGUCAG